AUAUAUCUGGACUGAUUACUGACGGUGCUGGAGCCGUAACUGUCGAGCAAAUUGGAUUAGCCACACUUGUUUGUAACAAACUCAGCGCAGACGGGGACAAAGUGAUUAACUGGACUGCAUCCCACACCAUCAAGUUAUUUGUGCCAAACAUCUUAGCGAUGGACGUACCAGUGGCGACGUGAGAGUAAUGGGUAUAAAUGAACCCAGGUCACACGAUUUGUGACCGUUGUGUUGCACCGCAUCAAGUGGAAAAGGAAGUCUGAAUAUGUCGCAGUACGUAGUUAGCGGACAUUCGGAUGACCCACAGCUAUUAAAUGAGCAUGCAAACGGGACUGUGGAGAACACGAUGGGGAUCAUUUCGAGGCCAGGGCGAUUUAUUUGUCGCGGUCUGUACCCAGAUUUAGUGCACCUUUAUGCUGAAGACGGCCAUCUGAUAUGGAUCGAUCCGGUCUCUAGCCUACAAGUGCUUUUUACAUAUGGCGACACAAAUUGUGAUUUCCUGUGUUACCUGGAACCGGAAGUCCCCGGAGUGUCUCUCACUUCGCUGCAGGACGAAGUUAGUGCGAACGUUGGUAAAUCCAGUGGAAAGUCACGUGCAAAUAAAAAGACACCAUUCCACUCCGGUUUAUCGUCUUCUGCUGCCGGUUCAACUGGGACCCGACAUUCGUGCCUACGCACUGUGUUAAAUCCUUAUUCAUAUGCAGUAGACUCAGUUGAAGGGAAAUGCAUGAUAGAACUGAGAGCUCUUAAUGCAUAUCAAGAAAAAGAGCUGAAACAAGCUAUCAAUAGGCCUUUCAAGCUGAAUUUCCAGCUAGUAUUGUAAAGUUUCAGAAACUAUCCCGAUAAUUAUCAAUAAAGAAUCACAAGCAUGUCUUGAAACUAGUCUAUUGUUAUAACAAAGAUGAAAUUGUAUAUUUUACAGAAAGUAUAUAACUCUGCC